CCUCCCAGUAGCAGCUCACUGACGCUCCUCGUCCUCCGAACUCUGACGGAACCGACCGAACAAAGCCGAACAGAACCGAACAGCGGCGACAGGUCCGAGCCGAACCAGCGUCUUUCAGCUGAAUCAAACGGAAUAAUUUCACACUUUUAUUCCCACUAACAGGCUAAAAACACUCGGCAGGGAUGACGGCUCUAACCAGCUGGGAGCUCUGCGUCAAAUACGCCCUGUUCAUCUUCAAUUUCGUCUUCUGGCUUGCAGGAACCGGAGUGUUGGCUGUCGGAUUGUGGCUGCGAUUCGACUCGAGGACGGCAGGACUGUUUGAAGGAGAAGAUUCGCCUUCAGUCUUCUUCACUGGUGUGUACAUCCUCAUCGCGGCCGGUGCCCUGAUGAUGGUCGUCGGUUUCCUGGGAUGCUGCGGCGCCAUCAAAGAGUCGCCAUGCAUGUUGGGAUUGUUCUUCAUGUUCCUGCUCCUCAUUUUCGCUGUUGAAGUGGCUGCUGGGAUCUGGGGUUUCUCUAACAAGGACCGGGUGGUUGAAGAAGUAACAGAGUUUUACAAGCAAACGUACGCUAACUACAAGGACACCAGACAGGAAGCGCUGAAGGAGACGCUCCGCCUGAUUCACUUUGGACUGAACUGUUGCGGUCCGACAGGAACCGUGAUCGAUGCCGCCAAAGAUAUUUGCCCCAAGAAGGAGGGACUGGAGGUCCUCAUCACCACGAGUUGUCCGACUGCCAUCGACGAGAUGUUCAACAACAGGCUUCACAUCAUCGGAGGAGUCGGCAUCGGCAUCGGAGUCAUCAUGAUCUUUGGGAUGAUCUUCAGCAUGAUGCUCUGCUGCGCCAUCAAGAGGUCCAGAGACUUUGUGUAAACUGACACAAAAACACACAAACAACAAAAAAAAAACCCACCCCCCAUCUUUAACUCGCGUGUUUUACAACGUGCCGCUUUAGACUAUAGACCAGAUUAAUGAGAAUAAAAACCCGUCAUUGCCUGGAUCCAUGCAGGAUGGCCUUGUUGACCUGUGAGCGUAUGGAAACCUGUGCGGUAGUUUUUCCACUCUGUGAAGUCUGCGGGGAGAUUAUAUUCGUACCUAGAAUAAACUGACCAAAAAAGGCGUUUGUAGUCCGUUAUCAUAAAUUUAAAUCAGAGAACAUGUUGAUCAUCCACAGGACAAAGGAGACUUUAAUGACUCUGCUGCCCUCUGGUGGACGCUCCUGUGUUUAUCCUUCCGCUGAUGAAAAUGAUAAAAUCCACUUCAGUUGUGUUUAUGUAAACUGCACUGAACGUUUGUUGUCUAACAGGCUUUUUGCAGCUAACUGGAUGUUACUGUGACCCCUUGUUUUAUUUUGAGGCUGCAUGUUAGAAGCUUAGAUUCUUUUCGUUUUUCUUUUUUUAUAAAUAUAUAUAUAAAAGCAGAGCCGUGGAGUUUUAUGCAAAUAUUUUGAAAGCAGUUCCAGUUUGUCUUUAAGAUGCCAAAUAAAUGAAUUAAUAAACAGUGA